AUGAGUGGCCUUCUAUGGGAGUUCGUCUCGAAAAGAGCUCCAUCCUCGUUGAGGUCCAUACUGGCCACGAGAGGGGUGGCACAAAUCACCUCUGUUCAUGCGGUUCCUCAUGUGAGAACACCUCCAACGAGGAUCAACCACUGCUUGGAGGCUGCGAACGAGAGAAAAAUGCUCUUGGAAAGACCAGGCAUGCUAGGCAUUAAAAGAGGCAUGAUUUCGUGGUUCACGAAAUCCGGGUUGCAGCACGCCGCUACUGUUAUCGAAAUCGACUCGUGCGAGGUCAUAGCCAACAAGACCAUGAGCAAAGACGGCUACUCGUCUGUUCUCUUAGGGCAAAAGGACAAAAUCAAAAAUGUUACAGCGCACGAAAUCAGAAUCUGCAAUGAGGCCGGCGUGACUACAAAAGCCAACUACGGAGAAUUCAGAGUGAGAGGAGAUGAGGGGCUUAUUGAGCCUGGUGUCGAGAUCACGGCUGACUACUUUGCUGUGGGUCAGCUCGUAGACGUCAAGUCCACUACCAAAGGUAAAGGAUUUGCUGGUGUCAUGAAAAGACACGGGUUUAAGGGUCUUCCAGCCACACACGGUGUCUCGCUAGCCCACAGAUCUGCUGGUUCCAUGGGACCUACGCAAGACCCCGGUCGUGUUUUGCCAGGCAAGAAGAUGGCAGGUCGCAUGGGAGGCAAGAGCUGUGUGUCACAGAAUCUUGAGGUUUUGCAUGCUGACGGCGAAAACGGCAUCUUGGUGGUGAAGGGCCAGGUCCCAGGCGCCAACGGAAGCUUUGUCAAAAUUGCCGACGCUAAAAAAGUGUACGGGCAAUCGUUGCUUCGUUUGAGACAAAAGGAGAGCUUGUGA